UAGCAUGUAUAUCUAUAGACGUACAGCAUGUAUAUCUACAGAUAUACAGCAUGUAUAUCUACAGACUUACAGCAUGCAUAUCUACAGACAUACAGCAUGUAUAUCUACAGACUUACAGCAUGCAUAUCUACAGACAUACAGCAUGUAUAUCUACACACAUACAGCAUGUAUAUCUACAGACUUACAGCAUGCAUAUCUACAGACAUACAGCAUGUAUAUCUAGACAUACAGCAUGUAUAUCUACAGGCUUACAGCCUGUAUAUCUACAGACAUACAGCAUGUAUAUCUAGACAUAUAGCAUGUAUAUCUAUAGACGUACAGCAUGUAUAUCUACAGAUAUACAGCAUGUAUAUCUACAGGCUUACAGCCUGUAUAUCUACAGACAUACAGCAUGUAUAUCUACACACAUACAGCAUGUAUAUCUACAGACUUACAGCAUGUAUAUCUACAGACGUACAGCAUGUAUAUCCACAGGCUUACAGCAUUUAUAUCUACAGAUAUACAGCAUGUAUAUCUACAGACAUACAGCACGUAUAUCUACAGACGUACAGCAUGUAUAUCUACAUACUUACAGCAUGUAUAUCUACAGGCUUACAGCCUGUAUAUCUACAGACAUACAGCAUGUAUAUCUACACACAUACAGCAUGUAUAUCUACAGACUUACAGCAUGUAUAUCUACAGACGUACAGCAUGUAUAUCUACAGACGUACAGCAUGUAUAUCUACAUACUUACAGCAUGUAUAUCUACAGGCUUACAGCAUUUAUAUCUACAGAUAUACAGCAUGUAUAUCUACAGACUUACAUCAUGUUUAUAACAUAUACAGCAUGUAUAUCUACAGACUUACAGCAUGUAUAUCUACAGACAUACAGCACGUAUAUCUACAGACGUACAGCAUGUAUAUCUACAUACUUACAGCAUGUAUAUCUACAGGCUUACAGCCUGUAUAUCUACAGACAUACAGCAUGUAUAUCUACAGAUAUACAGCAUGUAUAUCUACAGACUUACAUCAUGUUUAUAACAUAUACAGCAUGUAUAUCUACAGACUUACAGCAUGUUUUUAACAUAUACAGCAUGUAUAUCUACAGA